GGUUAAAGUCUGAAAGGGUUGGGGUAUAUAUCGCGAGAAGAACAGAACACAAUUCGAUCAUAACAAAAGGAUUUCACGCAUCACCGGUUCCAUAGUUCACCGAGCUCUAAUGCAUAUUGUAUGCAUAGAAAUGAACAAACCACUAUACCAUUGUACUAUACCAGGGCGUAUACACUUUCACGCACUGCUUGCUUGUUCCGUUAGACAGUAUAUCGCUUCGAAUGUAAUUUACCAUUAUGGCUUCGGUGUAGUAAACUAUUUUGUCCUGCAAAUGUUCUGCAAAUAAUAUAAUUAUAGAUGUUCAAUUGUUUGUGAUUACCAAUAUGGAUGCUAAGAUGCUGAAACGGAGACUCUUCCACUCCACAACAUGGAUGCUAUUCAUCGACAUCAUCAUGAUUUGUGUAGCAGAAGCUGUCAAGUUGAAUGAGCACAUCCUUCAUUAUGAGGGCUUGAAUUAUGAUACUGCACACAUCAAUCUGCAACAUAAGAGAGUGGCUAGAUCAACAGACAUUCAGCAAAGAGUGAAAAUAAAAUUCAACUCACAUGGAAGAGAUUUUCAUUUAAGGUUGAAGAAAGAUGUCAGCACUUUUUCAAAGGAGUUCAGAGUUGUGACAUCACAAGGGGAGAUUCCCAUGUCAUUUCAAGAUGCCCCUAUGUACAUUGGUGAAUUAGUCGAUGAAAUUGAUACAUAUUGUCAUGGGACUGUCAGAGAAGGGAAAUUUGAAGGGCGUAUCCAAAUUCCUCAAUCCCAAGAGUAUUAUUCGGUGGAGCCAUCAAGUCGGUACUUGGAAGGUGCUGACUUUCAUUCCAUCAUAUAUAAAGAUGAAGAUGUUGUCCAAGCAGAGACAAAAGAUGAUGGUCUGGGCAGUUGUGGAGUAAAAGGAGAGAUAAAGAAAAGAAUGGAUGAAAAACUCAAGAACUUGAGACACUCUGAAGCUGAUGUUCAUGAUGUUCCAUAUCGCAAGAAGAGACAGACGAUUAAUGAAGAUGAACAAACAUGCUCUCUCUUUAUUCAAGCUGAUCAUACAUUUUAUGAAAGGCAUGGGUCUGUUAGUGCAGUUGUCACUCAGAUAGGUCAGCAUGUUCAAGCAGCCAAUGCUAUCUAUGGGAACACAGACUUUGGUGACUACCGAAACAUCUCAUUCAGUGUGGAAAGAUUAAGGGUGUGGACCCCUGAAGAUAUUGGUAGAACUUCUUACCUAUUUGGCAACAACUACAUCGGUGUUGAAAAAUUUCUGGAUUUAGCUUCAACAGGAAAUUUCAAUGCCUACUGCCUUGCCUAUACAUUUGCAAAUCGUGACUUUGCUAAUGGCGUCCUUGGUUUGGCUUGGAUCGCAUCAUCUUCAAGAUCCAGCAAUGGAGGUAUCUGUGACAAGCAAUCAUCUAAUGGCCAAACACUGAAUACAGGAAUAGUAACAACAAACAAUUAUGAGUCUAAUGUCCCUCCUCUUGUCUCACAUUUGACCUUUGCUCAUGAGAUCGGACAUAGCUUUGGCUCUCAGCAUGACCCUGGUGUCCCUGGUGAUGCCUGUGUGCCUGGUGGAGCUCUUGGUAACUACAUCAUGUUCUCACACUCAUCGGCUGGUAACCUUGUCAAUAAUCAGAGGUUUUCACCCUGCAGUAUAACUACCAUCUCUAACAUUCUGUCUACUGUCUUCCUUGGAUACAGUAAAACUAACUGCUUCAAAUCUCAAUCAGACAUCACUUUCUGUGGGAAUGGAAUCACUGAGGAAGGAGAAGAGUGUGACUGUGGUUAUGAAGAGGAGUGUACUCAUAGCUGCUGUGUACCGCAGAAUACAGAUCAUACUCAACCCAAUGCUUGCAGACUAGCAAACCAAGCACAAUGCAGCCCGACUGAGGGAGUGUGCUGUGAUGCAAAUACCUGUACUUACAAGGCUAGUAGUGAACAAUGUGAACAGAGUGAUGAAUGUCAUGGACCAGCUUUCUGUCCUGGGAACUCCUCGAUAUGUCCUGUACCAACCCCUGAGGCUGAUCUAACUCAGUGUGAUAAUGGAAGAAAACUCUGUCAUAAUGGGGAAUGUACGAGGUCUAUAUGUUUUCUUCAGAAUCGUAGAGAAUGCCAGUGUACAGAUGAGGCUGAGCUAUGUGACUUAUGCUGCUUAGAUGAUAGAACGAAUCUAUGUCUAAGUUCAUAUAGACUAGGUCUACCUCCAGGCCAGGCCGAACCAUUGAAAACUGAUGCUGGUUCACCAUGCGGUGAUUACAUGGGAUAUUGUGAUGGUUUUCAUAACUGUAGAGAGGUUGAUGAAGAUGGUCCUCUAGCUAGUAUCAUCAGAAGGAUCUUCUACAGUGAUGAACCGCAACUGACAGAUGCUAUUAGGGAGUGGCUGAUGACCUACUGGUAUGUUGUCUUAAUCAUUGGUAUUGCCAUCAUAAUCCUGAUGAUACUCAUUGUGGUCCUGUGUAACCGGGUCAUCCCCACUGAUAAUCCAUGGGAUCAAGAGGUAGAACGAUACAAGAAACGUUCCAGUGUCUACGUCAAGCUGCAACGUAAGCGUUACCGUGGCAGCAUGGCUCCUGGUAUGCAUCCGCCCCCUAUUGAAUCGCAUCCUGAUCACCUAGUAGAGGACAGAGCUACGCCAUUCUAGUUCCUUGGUUUGUGCUUUAUAGUAUUAAUGUGUGUGAACACAUGCUGGAUAGGAGUUUAAAUCAGAUAUGAUAGAGUUUUUAGGGCUUGGUAUUUUGCUUGCUAACAUGAGAAGUGUCCUGUUGAAUAUAGUUUUUUAUAAGGGGAUAACCUAAGUUUAACCAAUGAUCUUCAUUUAAAAAUGCAUAUUUAUUAAUGUUAGAAAAAACACAUGAGUUGCUUAAUCAUCAUGUUACCAAAAAAUAAUUGAAAUAUGGUAUUAAAGGUAUCAAUAUAUUAACAAAACUUCUCUAUAGUCCCACUUUGAACUGCAAUUAACCAUAUGGUGUCAUGGUAACCUUGUGCAAUUUCAGCAAAAAAGUGCAACAGGUAUUCCAUUUGUAGUGUAGUACCUGCAAGCAUCAUCAUAUUUCGGUACUAUUUGUGAUGUACAUCUUGCACAAAUUUUUAGUUAUACCAUUACCAGGGACAAAUGUAUGCCAAAGUUAAAGGACAAGUCCACCCUAACAAAAAGUUGAUGUGAAUAAAAAGAGAAAAAUCCAACAAGUAUAACACUGAAAAUUUCAUCGAAAUCGGAUGAUUUUGAUAAAUUUUUCAGCAUUAUGCUUGUUAGAUGAUUCAUAUCAACAUAUUUCUUGGGUGGACUUAACCUUUAAUUAACUGUUAUAUAGUGACUGUUUUUAAGAAUCAUCCCAAGAAAAUUUCAGUGGAAAGAAACAAAUUUUUAGAUAAUAAUAUGUAAGGAAUUGGGUGAAACAGUUAAAGACUAAAAUUUGUGAGAUUUGACAAUCUAGUACAAAUAUAGACAAAUGGUUUCUUGAUUUUUUUAAAUCAGAUUUUUGCUUCUUUGUGAAAACUGUCAACAUAAUUGUUCUUAGAAUUCUAUUUUGGUCAUAUAUCACUAUUAAAAAAAAUGAAGUAAAGAAAUAUUUCACCUCCUUCAUUUAAUGUGGAAGAAUUUGAGAUAUUUCACUUGAGAAUACAGAUGCAUUAUUCAAGGCUCAAUGUGGACAUGUUGAUUGAUUUAUUUAUUCAAUUUUGCAACAGCCAAAGAUGAUGUUAAUGUGGAAUAUCAUUCUUUUUUCAUCAGAUAUAUGAAAACUAUAUGGUCAGUAUUAGUUUAGAAGGGCUUUCCAAAUAUGUUAUCAACACAGUGCUAUUAACGAUUAUUAUAGAGUACAUCGGCAUUGUGAUAAUUAGAUGUUAGCAUUUUAAGAGCUGAAUUUAUAUGGGCUCUUUUUUUAUUAAGUACUUAGUACUUAAAUGCUAUGCUACUUCCAUUCUGGGACACAGGGUUUUGUUAUGCUUUAAAAAAAAACUGAAAUGUAUAUAUACUUUUUCUAAUAUUUAUUGGACCAAACUCAUAUACUGCCAGUAAAAUAAAACAAGAAAUAUGGUUAGUACCGGUACAUAUAAAACUUGACACAAAAAGAACAAAAAUGAAAUUAAAUUAUUUUGUGCUUUUUGGGUGACAAACGUAAUGUAAAUAUCAGGUUGUGUACAUCUAACAUCGACAGCUGAUGAAAUAAAGUAGUGCCUUUGUAAAUAUCUUUCUGCAUAUUAUUAGACUGAAGAAAUGAAUUUUAAAGGUCAAGUCCACCCCAGAAAAAUGUUGAUUUGAAUGAAUAGAGAAAAAUCUAACGAGCAUAACGCUGAAAACUUCAUCAAAAUCGGAUGUAAAAUAAGAAAGUUAUGACAUUUUAAAGUUUCGCAUAUUUUUCUCAAAACAGUUAUAUGCACAACUCAUUGAUAUGCAAAUGCGAGAGUCUAUGAUGUCCAUCACUCACUAUUUCUUUUGUUUUUUAUUGUUUGAAUUGUACAAUAUAUCAAUUUAUACAGAAUUGACAAUAAUGUAAAACUUGACUGAACUACAUAAUGUUGAAUAAUGUUAAUUCCACAAGUUCAGGGAGGAAUAAAGCUCGAUUUCAAAUGACAUGGGGGAGAAAAUCAGAAUAUUUCAUAUUUCAGAUAAUAAAAUACAAAAGAAAUAGUGAGUGCGUGAUGUCAUCAGUCCCCUCAUUUGCAUACUGGCCAGGAUGUGCAUAUAACUGUUGUGUGAAAUUAAGCGAAACUUUAAAAUGUCAUAACUUUUUUAUUUUACAUCCGAUUUUGAUGAAAUUUUCAGUGUUAUGAUUGUUGGAUUUUUCUCUUUUUAUUCAAAUCAACUUUUUGUCAGGGUGGACUUGUCCUUUAAUAAACACAUGUAUCUCUCAAGCAGAUGGUAGAUGAAUAUGACCCCAAAAUGACAUUAAUAGUAUGAAUGGAUAAAUUUGCCUUGUGGACUUAGCUUAUAAGCCCAAUUUGAUGAAGAAAAUGAAGGGUAAUACAGGGUUUGUGGCUAGGCCGCAAAACCCAUCUGAUAGUGAUCCUUUGUCUUAGAAUAUUGUAUAACUUGCUACCAUUGGAUGAUCUUAACCAACUUUAAAUAGAAUGUUCACUGCCAUAGAAUAUUGAUAAAUAAGGGAUUAUCGUUGGCUAGUUUAUUGAAACACUCUAACCCCCCCUCCCACUAUUGUGUGAAGGUGACAAAGAGAGGAUUAGAAAUCAAUGUUUUCAUAGGAGUCUUCAAAUUUCCACCAAAGUUGGUGCAUGAACUAAGCACAUCCUGUUCAUUGUUACAAACAUGAACCAACACAAUUGCAUACCCAGUUCUUGAGUUAUGGAUGCUCAAGGUGGGGGGGGGGGUAGAAUAUUUUGGAUUUCAGGAAGAACUGCAAUGCAAUACAAAAGACAAAAUUGGGUCUAAUUAAAACUGUCAAAAACAUCGCUCUGGGUUUGAUCGCUUCAUAUAUUUUUUUUAUAGUACAUAGGAAAAAUUCUACUUUUUCAUGAAAUACUGAAGACUGAAAUUUGACCAUUCUGAUCAAAACCAUAUGACAUAAAAACUGAAAAUCACUCACUACAGCUUUUUGUGGUGCCUUGUCACACAGCUGAAUACAGAAGUGUGAUUUUGAACUUUUGUAUGCCUUUUAUAAUAUUUCAAUUUUAAUGAACUGAUAAAAUGUAAUUGAUUGAUUACUGCUAAUAUUGUGUGUCAAAUAGUCAUGUUUUACAAAUGGAUUUUUGUAAUGCAAAUAGCCAGAAACAUGAGUAUAGAAAGUUGAAAAGAAACAUUUUGAAAAAUCAUUGAUUAUGCAGAUCUGUACUUUGUCUAGUCUUUCAUACUACAGCAAAAACAAUUGAGAUAGCUUUGAAAUAUGAACUUUUGUGUCUUUAAAACAAUUUUAGAUUAUUGUAAUUUGGUAUAAACUACAAUUAUAUGUAUAAAGAAUUAUUUCAGAUUUGUGAUUUCUAUGUAGUGUUAUCAUAUUUCAAAUAGUCUAAAAUUUUCUACAAUAUAUACAUAUUUAUAUGAAUAUGAAAUCCAAGUCUUUCAGAUUAUGGUUGUUUUCAAAAAGAUCACAAUCUUGUACUGAAGUUACUAAUUUUGCUUUGAUGAGAAAAUAUACUUAAAUAAUAAAUGCUUGAACUUAUUGUGUUAUUGA